CCAACAGCGACCUAGAGGCCGGUAGGCUCAUGCUUGGUUAGUGAUGAUCUUUUUUGUCCAAUCAGGCUGCUCGUUUGUUUGACAGGGUCCAAUGUGACUCAUUCGACAAAAGACGCAGCCGAGAUCAAGCAAGACUCUGCCGCAGAAGGAGAACAGUUCCAUUAUGGUCGGAGUACUGCGCGCUGCUCCGCUGUUAGCGGUUGUUACGCUGGCUUCGCUUGUGGAGGCGAAGGACCGCUGCACGGCCAUCAUCGUCGGAGCGAAGGUGCAUUACUUCCACAAGCGAAAAUGGCACCGAUAUUGUUGUUGACGCAAUCUAAUGCAAACUGCAGGCAUCGACUACUGGCACCCCCAUGACGACUCAUACGAACGACUGCUCGUCUUGCGACUUCCGUAUUGCCAAGGUGCCGGCCCAGACGCAUGAGGACGGCGCUCAGCACGACGUCGUGCUCGCAGCCUUCGACUACCCGCGAUAUGUGGGUGGUGCUCGUGGUAAGGAAUAUCUCCCGGAAAAUCUAGAUACUCGCUUCUAUAACUGGACUACGACGCCUGCUAUCGGCAGUAUCCCAGAAGUACCUCAAACCUUCGCGUACAUUGAAGGAGCCUAUGGUAUCAUCAACGAACACCAGGUGGCUAUCGGUGAGAGUACGUGUCCCGCGCGGUUCUGGACUAAACCGAUUACCCAAGGGGGCGAAGCUCUGUUUGAUGUUGGAGAGCUUUCUCGUAUUGCACUGCAGCGUGCGCAGACAGCACGUGAGGCUAUUCAGCUGAUGGGGGAUCUAGCUGUGCAGCACGGAUACUACGGUGCUGUAUGGGAAGGAAAGGACGUGUAUGAUGAAGCUGGUGAAGCGCUUACAGUAACAGACACGAAAGAGGCGUGGAUUUUCCACAUCCUACCAGACGACACAGGCAAGUCGGCUAUUUGGGCUGCCCAGCGCGUCCCAAGCGACCAGAUCAGUGGUGUUGCCAACCAAUUCGUGAUCCGUGAGCUGGAUCUAAACCGCCCGUCGGAUUUUCUGGCGUCUCCUAACAUCCACGACGUGGCCAUCCGUAACAACCUUUGGAAGCCUGACGAGGGCACACCGUUCGACUUCACUCGUGUCUACGCGCAACCUCGCAAGGAUACGCACCAAUAUUACUCUACACGUAGAAUCUGGCGCUUGUUCACGUUGGCUAACCCGGAGCUUAAGCUGUCUCCGGAGACCGAUGUGCUUGCUAGCGACUACCCGUUCUCCGUCAAGCCAGCGUCUCCUCUGUCCCCUCGAGACAUCAUGCGCUUCCAGCGGGACCAUUAUGAGGGCACGCCGUAUGAUAUGACCAAGGGACCGAAGAGCGGCCCGUACGGCGAUCCUAACCGAUACGACGCGGCGCCGAACGGCGACCUUACUCAGGAAGACAUUGAUCGUGGUCACUUCGAGCGGGCGAUCUCGAUCUUCCGUGCUAGCUACUCGUUUGUAUCCAUCUUGGACCCAUACAACCCGGACAACGCCUUCCUCUGGUUUGGCCAGUAUGCGCCUCACGCCACGACGUACACGCCUGUGUUUGUACAGUCGACUGAUGUCCCCAAGCAACUCGCGCGUGGCUCGUUGUAUGCUUUUGACCGCGAGUCUUCUUUCUGGAUCCAUGCGCUGGUUGGAAACUGGGCGGCUCGCUUCUAUUCGUACGCCCGUCCGUUCGUUGCCAGAGUGCAGGAUGAAGUGGAGAGUCACGCUGACGGUAUGCUACGUAGCGUGCUGAUCGAAGCUGCACAGCACAAGAGAGAAGGGGGCGUGCCGGCCAUGGUGGAGUUUCUCACGAAGCAGAGCGAGACGUUCGCUCAGCGCGCACACCGAGCCUCGUCGGAUCUGUUCGACUACCUGGUUACGGCAUUCCACGACGGCUACCAGGUCUCCAACUUUUACGCUAAGAUGCUCACGGUUCAAUCCAUUUUCUAUCCCAAGUGGUGGCUACAGCAGGUGGGGUUCUUCGAUGGCGCUGAGGACAGUGGAGACGCUGAGCCUGACUCCACUGAGACUGCUACUACUGCUCCUGCGUCAUCAAGCAGCGGAGCGACGGCCACUGCCAAGACCGUGAUUGUCGAGGUCGCGCACAAGGGCUCUGUAUCGUACUUCACUACGACUGUCCUUGUGAUCCUCUCUGGUCUCGCUGGCCUCUUCCUCGGUCGCAAGUUUCACGGACCGCUUACGAAUAAGAAGCAGGGCUACAGACCGCUGCAGUAGUGCAAUGUUCUGUUUAGGUUGUUGCCUUCAACAUGUGUAGCCAUCUCAAAAUGAAUCAUGCUCAGAAUGAUGGUAAAGGCUGACGCACUUUUGGUACCAGUUUUAUGGUACCUUCUGGAACACUUCGAUUUAUUCGUCCUCAGAAUCAAAUUAACUUUGUAACCAAG